AUGUCCGAAAUGGAAGUAACAGAAAGUAAUGAUUGUUCGAAUGAUUUAUUACUUCUUGAUCGUGUCUUUCUUCGCCUUGGAAAUGCAGACACAGACGAGCAAUUGGAGAACUGCCUCAAUAGAUUCUUACCUCCCGUUAUCCUGAAGCUAUCAUCCCCACAUGAACAGGUGCGCACCAAAGUAAUGGAACUCUUAGUACAUGUAAACAAAAGAGUGAAAUGCAGAGCAGAUGUGCAGCUUCCAGUUGAGACCCUGGUUCAGUCCUACCGCGAUCCAACUGCAAAUAGUUUUAUUAUUAAUUUUUCAAUAAUCUACAUAACAAUGGGCUUUCCGCGUCUACCUCGUGAGCAGCAACUCAAAUUGGCACCGUCUUUGCUGGAAUCUUUGGAAAACAGACCACAAAGCCAUCAAGACCAGAUACUUAUGCUGGUGAUUCCACUGCUUGCUGAAAUAAAGGAGACAGAUCUCAAUCUUAAAGAGAAACCCAAAGUGUCAGCUCUGAUUCUUAAAUUUGCUACAGAUGUACUUCUUUUACCAUAUAGAGCACUACCUAAUACUGGUGAAAGUGAUUUUCAAGUACCACCUGGAAUGAGUUUAAAGUCUUAUAAGAGAAUUGUUGAUAAAAAUCAGUUGAAUGCAAAUCAACUGGAAGAGAUGAAGUUAUCAAUUGUGAAUUUUAUUAGUAAAGAUAUUUUUAAUAUGAACGACAUACUAUUGACUCUGAUUGUUGCUGCAGCAGACUCUCGAUUCAGUGUUGCAAAUCACGCAAAUAGUCCAUUGAUACGAGUCAAUAGUUCUGUGGACUGGUCGCAGGCUUCAGUGGUUGCUCCAUUAUACUCACUGUACCUCGGAACUUGGAGUGGGAUGAAGGUACUUCCAGAUGAACGCAAGGUACCAGCAUGUACUAGGCUCCGCUUAAAACUAAUACAGUAUUUAAAUAAAGCCACCGGCCCUGGCAUUAUGUUUCCACACUGUGUACAAGUUGUAUUUUCAUCGUUAUUCGACGUCAAUACUAAUUCAAGGCUGCGCAAUAUGGCGUUAAUGUUUCUAUUGAACGUCAUUAAUAAUGGAGAAGAGGCUCAGUUGCAAAAAGUGGCGACAAUCUUUCUUCGAAUGCUGUUGAAACUUAUAAGAUCUGAGGAGCACGCUGAGCACCACCCUAAGGGUUAUAUGUGUUUAGGGAGAUUGGCUAUGAAGUGCCCUGAAUGCUUCAGCAAUCAAUUCGCGUUAUUAGAGGAACUCGUAAAGAAAAUACCAGAGGCCGUACCUGAGAUGAGAACAGCCCUUCGAGAUGCGCUGUUGGAAAUGGCUGUGGCAUACAAAAUCAAUAGUGAAGACCUAGUACCUGAAAAGGAGUCGUCUUCGGAAUUAGAACCUGGACCUUCAAAGGGUGAGAAAAUGGAUCUGGACGAGACCGAGAAGAAAGCUACGCACUUUAAUGAACCACAGGCGCUUGCGUUGUUCGCCCUAUUGGAACAUUAUAUGCACAGUGACGAACCAAUGAUCCGUUACGUGGCCAUGCGAUAUUCGGCUGUCGUCUUUCCUCAAGAUUACGUUCCCUCAAGAUACCUUUUGUUAUUGGCCAGCGGAGACAGUCAAGACGACGUAUCCAACGAAGCUCUCAAAUGUUUAUACGGAACAUCGCGACCGAAUGAAAUAGAGGAUGUUGUGAACAAUGUUGUCAAGAAAGAGACAACAACAGUGAAUCUAGACGAGGAUUCCGCUAAGCGAGAUAGAGACACCAAACAGGAGGACGUGUUCAAGGCGCCAAAGUUCAACGAUAUGGUCACUUACAUAUGGGAUCAAAUGCAAAAGAGGAAGAAGGGGAGCAAUUCAAAACACAGAUUCGUUAUUGGCAAUCAAGUUUUACAAUUUCACCCUCAGACUUAUCAAGAGAUUCUGAGAUACCUAAGGAUGUGUCUCAAUCGUGACGCGGAUCUCAAAGAUUGUUCGUCUCACCCGAACGCUACGUCGCCGCUGUUAGCCAAAUACUUUUACGAGAACUUACUCGAAUCUGAAACAUUGGAGCGGUAUUUAACGAUGAUCACUUCUUUGCUGAACGCUAGUCCAGGUAUCAUGCCGUUAACAUGCUUCCUAGACAUAGUCGGAUGUGUACCAAACGAAAUGGCAGCAAAGUACACAACUUUACUGCCGUUCCUACUAAACUUGUUUACAAGCAGUACCAAGGAAGAGAUUCGCGAGACCGCAGCGACAAUAUUCGCGAUAAUAUUCGUAAAUACGAACGAGAAGGCUGCGAUCGAUAAGCAAAUUAAGGAGUUCGUGGUCCAAGGUGUUAAUAAUAAAAGUUUGGAAGCGCAGUGCGGGUAUAUCGCUGCGUUCACUAAUAUGUGCGAGCGAUGUAUUGUAUUGGCAAGGAAAGGAAAGUUUGGAGGCAAAGGCUUUAAUCCUGUUAAUUGGGAACCUUAUCAGGAGGCUGCAGUUGCUUUAGCUAACUUUCUGUCGCAUUCGCAAACGCUGCUUGUCGCGGCUUCAGUAACGGCUGUAUCAUUACUGGUGCGAUGUUCAGCACUGCCGAUUCCAAACAGUUCGUCCAAGCAAGACUCAAUAUUACAAAGCGAUACCCCAUUUAAUAUCAAAGAUAAUUUCCAAGAAGAUGGUGAAGUCACCAAGUACUCCGUCGCUGAUAGGUUGUUUAAGAUUGUGGGAAAUGCCAAACUACCCUCCAAAGUCAAAGAGAAGUCUCUGUUUACUUUGGGACUGAUGUGUUGUGGAGAACGGCUGCCAUUUGCAAAGCAGAUGGUAAAAGGUUUUCUUCAGAUGGCUAAGGAUAGUAAAGAAUUUGAGAUCCACCUACAAAUAGGAGAAUCUUUAGUAUUGUGCGUCGAAGGAGUGAAUUCUAAUGAAAGGCGAGAUUUGUGGACUGAUCUACCGAAAGAGGGCGAAGCGAAAAUUCAAGAUAUGGCUGCUUUGAAGGAAAACGAUGAGUUAUUGGAGUGGCUUUUGCGAGAGUUGUUCAAGAUGGGUCGACAUCCUCAUCCGCAUUCGAGACAGGCAACGAGCAUUUGGUUGUUGGCUCUUUUGAAAAAUUGCCCAGAACGAGGACCAAUCAAGAAUUCAUUACCGAUUCUGCAGGAUGUUUUUAUGGACUAUUUAUCGGAAAAUAGUGAUAUCGUACAAGAUGUAGCCAGUAAGGGUCUCAGUUUGGUGUAUCAGAAUUCAGAUGAGAGCCAGAAACAAGCGUUAGUGGGGCAAAUAAUAGAUCAAUUGACGUCGGGGAAACGUUCCGUAGCGCAAGUUACUGAAGACACAAAGAUAUUCGAAGAGGGCCAGUUGGGAACAGCUCCUACUGGGGGCAACCUAUCAACAUACAAAGAGUUGUGUUCGCUGGCAUCGGACUUGAAUCAACCAGAUUUGUUGUACAAGUUUAUGCAUUUGGCGCACCACAAUUCUGUUUGGAAUUCUAAGAGAGGUGCGGCGUUUGGGUUCCACUCCAUAGCGUUGCAAGCCGGAGCACAGUUGUCCGAGCACUUGCCAAAGAUAGUUCCGCGUCUCUAUCGCUAUCGAUUCGACCCCACGCCACGAAUUCAAAACUCUAUGGCUAGCAUAUGGCAUGCAAUUGUACCGAAUACACAGGCAACGGUUCAAAAAUAUCAUAAAGAAAUAUUAGCUGAUUUAACAGCCAAUUUGACUUCGAAUCAGUGGCGAGUUAGAAUGUCUUGUUGUAACGCACUGUCGGAUUUAUUAAGGGGUGCAAAGAGUCUUCACGAGUCGUUAGAACAACUGCCCUCUAUCUGGUGUCAACUGUUCCGUGUAAUGGACGAUGUUCACGAGGGUACACGCCAAGCUGCCACAUCGACCGCCAACGUUUUAUCUAAACUAUGCAUUCAAGCAUCGGAUGUGAGUCAGGGUAAAGACGGGAAGGAAAUUGUUUCCGUAAUCCUUCCCGUGCUAUUAGAUACAGGGAUUACUAAUCUAGUCAGAGAAGUAAGGAGCGUCAGUUUACAAACUGUAUCAAAACUAGUCACAGCGGCUGGGUCGAGUUUGACACCGUUUUUGGGACGCCUAGUGCCCGCUCUGCUAUCAGCUGCCGGCGAUCUCGAGUCUGCCAAGUUGUCUUACCUGAGCACAGCAUUAGCGGAUAGUGGCUCGCGCGAGUUGCUCGACGAUAUGCGUGCGAAUGCAACACGCCAACAUUACACCACUGAUACUGUUGUUAAGUGUAUGCCAUACAUCGACAUCGAAGUCAUGAAAGAAAUGCUGCCGAAGGUUCUGGAACUAUCGAAGUCGCCACAGCUCGGUACUAAGGUCGCCUGCGCACAUUUCUUAGUCCUAGCGGCUCACUACUUACGCGUAGAUCUAGAACCCGUUGCUGGCAAGAUUAUGCCGAGCUUAUUGAACGGUACCUUUGAUAGGAAUUCUACAGUCAGAAAGAAUUAUGCAGAGGCGCUUGGGCAAGUCUCUGCGUUUGCUAAGACACAAUCCAUUGAGAAGCUAAUGAAGAAAUUAGUGAAUUUGUAUGAGACCAAAGAGGAUGACUCAGCACGUUCCGCUAUCGCACUGACUCUCAAGUCUGUAGCUAAAGCCAAGAUUGAACACAUCAAAGACAAUGAAGCUGUUAUAGCGCCUAUUGUGUUUUUAGCGAUGCACGCGCCUAAAGAUAAUGAAAGUAACACAGUUGAGAUGUUUGAAGAAAUAUGGACAGAUAUAAGCCCUGCUCGAGAAAGUGGCAUUAAGCAGCAUUUGCCCGCGCUUAGAGAGGAGAUUGAAAAGGCGCUCAACUCUAGCAGUUGGACUAAGAAAAUACAGGCUGCCAACGCAAUUAAAACAAUAUGCAAAGAGCUGUCUAGCGGUCUGGGAGAACAACGAGAAGUGUUUAUACGAUCGUUAUUAGCUGCAGUUCACGGGAAGACGUUCGACGGCAAACAGCAUGUGGUGGAAGCCCUUGCCUUAUUGUGCAGUGUAAAAGACGGCGAAAACGCAGUCUCCCCCGCCAUAGCGACCGAGUGUAUUAACGCGUUGCUAGUGGAGAGUCGGAAGCAAGAGAUGGUCUAUAAGAAGCACAGUAUUAUCGCGUUGGCAAGUGCACUCGCUGCCACUAACUGCAACGUUUUCAACCAAGUUUAUGACAUUGUGAAGGUCAUUUUAUCAAAGGACGAGUAUUCGAUGGAGAAAGACUCCGAUGACGAAGACAAUGAAACAUCGCGGCAGAGACGCGAACAACUCACCGCUCUUAAGGAAGCGGCAUACGAGUUGCUAGGCAAAGCUUGGCCGAAAGACCCGGAUACACAAGAAAAAUAUCAAGACGUAUUCUUCGAGCACUGUUCCAAGUCGUAUCCCGGCAGUUCCCGUUCUACGCAGUUGGCGAUUUUAGCAGGCGUGGCGAGAGUCUUGGAGCGGCUGGUGGUACUCAACGUGGAGCCAAUGGAAACUGACAAUAUGGCCCUUGGGGGGAGGGAUAAGGCGAUUACAUCAGUCACCUCUCACGUGGCGAAUAUCGUAGAAUAUACCCUUAAAAACAGUAACCAAGUACGACAUAGGAGGGAUGCGUUGAAUAUUAUGGAGAUCCUUAUCAAACGUUUAAAAGAUCUGCAAAAGCCUGAAGAAUUGGAUAAGCUUAGGCAAAUUUACCAGACCUAUGCCCAAGAUCUGUCAAAGGAUUCGUCACACGAACUGAGAUCUAAAGUAGACAGUAUAAAAGUGUACUUCAAAUAA